CUUCAUUCACUUCUUCGAUACAUCAUUCACACUAACAUGUAACUAUCCUCGUACUCACAAACAGAGGCGCUGAUAUCAGAGGAACACUAGUAUUAAUAUCAAGCCACCACUUGUUCUCACUCCCUUUGAACACUGCAAUCUUCACUUCUAUAAUGGCAUCCUCAAAUGCAUUUGUCCCAGCUCUACUUGUCAUCGAUAUGCAAGAAGACUUCUGCCCACCAUCCGGUGCUCUUCAAGUGUCAGAUGGCCGCACCAUCAUUCCCCUUAUCAAUACCCUCCUCUCCUCACCUUCAUUCGCCUUGCGCAUCGCAACAAAAGAUGAUCAUCCUCCAAACCACAUCUCCUUCGCCUCACAGCAUGCACCACCCAACAACGUACCCUUUGAAAGCACUAUUACAAUCACAAAUCCGCUCAACCCGUCCCAAACACAGGUCUCGCGUGUCUGGCCAGACCAUUGCAUUCAAGGCACCCUUGGCAACCAGUUCGUAUCAGAGCUUGAUGUGUCCAACGUUCAAGUGGUAAGGAAGGGCCAGGAUGCUCGAUUGGAAAUGUACAGUGUGUUCUGCGAUCCAUUUGGCGUAGCGAAGAGUGAGGCUGCAGACUUGCUGAGAGCGAAAGGGGUCACCCAUGUGUACUGCGUGGGUCUAGCUGCGGACUAUUGCGUCAAGUAUACAGCACUGGAUAGUGUAAAGGAGGGAUUCGAGACAUACAUCAUCAGAGAGGGAACGAAAGCUGUGGACCAGGAAAGGUUGGAAAACUGUUAUGCCGAGAUAGAGAAACAAGGCGUGAGGGUCGUACACAUAGACAGCGAAGAAGUCAGGCGAGUCAUGGCCUAACAGGCUCGAUAUUCUGCAUGUCUGGAGUUAUUGGGGGCGUGAUUAUGAUAUACCCGGAUUCAUAGAUUUGUAGCAUGUACAAAC